UAAGAAAACACCAAAUUGAUUUUGUGAAUUCGACGCUUCAAUAAUUUAACGAUGUGUUUAUCAAGUAUUUUACUUUGUUUCGCAUUUCUGCUCGUUGCUUCAUUCUCGGAACCUCAGGAUGAUUUUACGAAUGGCAAUGAACAGAGCGACAAUUCGACGGUGCAAACUGAUCCUCUCGUAAAUUCUACGAAAUAUCGAAAUGAAGAGAUAAGAUUGACAAGGUUUAAUUCACAGAAAAAUUCUAUUAAGAAUAACGAUAAAAUGCAACACGAAUCCUGUAUUAAUUCUACAAACAACAAUUGCAAGAAUGACUCGGUGCGAUACGAGUCUCGUGAUCAUAUAAUAAAAAAUGUAGAAGAUAACAAUCAGACAUCUAUGAAAUUUUAUGCGAAUUCGACAGAGAUCAAUGAUUUCACGUUACAAGAAAUUAAUAAAAAUCUCACCAAAACUGAAGACAAGAACGAUUCCAUACCGUACAAACUCAAUUCCAACAGAACAAUUGAAACUACUCUUGUUGAAUAUAGAGCAUGCAAUAAUAGUAUUACUUGUAUUCAGUUCUGUUGUCCUUUUGGUAACAUCGUGGUAGAGGGACGAUGCAUCUCUCGUGGAGAGGAUAAUUACGCUCUUCCAAACAUAUACGCUCUUCUAAACCUAAACGAACACGAGAAUGAUUACGAGGAUGAAACAGUCGACGAACUAGUUUUUACUGUCCACGAUCCAUGCAUUGCAAAAGGGCAUAUUCACAAAUUUCUUUAUCCCAAUACAUACUUUUUUCUUACCAAUGGCGAUUUGUUCACUUAUAGCGAUUAUGUUAUUUUACCAAAGGAUUAUUGCUUUGCCAUUUUAUCUGGGGAUAUAUAUAGCGUGAUCAUCUGUGAAAGCGUCUAUGAUGAUGAUGAUCGAGAUGAUAGUACGAUUACACCUUCAGUAUUUUCAUCAGUAACCAUUAACAUUCUAUUGUCUUUGCUGUUCCUGCUAUUGACGUUCAUAAUAUAUUCCAUAUUGCCAAUAUUCCAGACUAUCCAUAAUUAUACAAUGCGUACACACGUGGGUUCAUUAUUCAUCGCAUAUGCGAUUAUGUGUUUUGGCCAAUUUUUUAAAUUAAAUGAACUGAAAUAUUGCGUUGCACUAGCAUAUAUCUUCUACUUCUUCUUUUUGUCAAGUUUUUUUUGGUUAAAUGCAAUAUGUUUCGAUAUUUGGUGGACAUUUAGAGAGCUCUGGCCGCGCACAAUAAAAAUAAAGGAUAAAAAGAAGCAUAUAAUAUAUUCGAUCUAUGCAUGGGGAGUCACUAUCUUUCUCAUUGUUAUCUGCGUCAUCAUGGAUAAUAUUCCCCUACCAGAAAAUUUGGUCCGACCAGAAAUGUGCGAAAAAAGAUUUUGGUUCGGUGAAAUGGAAGCACAAACGUUAUAUUUUUACGUACCCAUGGGUGCUACUAUCAUCAGUAACAUUUUUUUUUUCGUUAGCUCAACACUAAUGAUUCUGUGCCUAAAAAUACGAAUAGCUAAUCGGUUGGAAGCCUCGGAUAUCACGCGCCGCGAUGAAAAUAAGCAGAGGUUUAAUAUGUACUUGUUGCUAUUCUUAGUGAUGGGAAUAGCUUGGAUUUCGGAGCUAAUGUCGUUGAUCGAUUUUCAUGGAUUUAUCUGGUAUUUGCAGUUCGCAACCAUAAGUGACAUGCAAGGUUUCUUUAUUUUCAUCAUAUUUGUGUGUAGGAAGAGGAUUCUGAAAAUGCUAUUAAAACGAUUUAAGAGCAAGAUUUGCGGUACUAGAUCCACUAGAAGUCUAGGAGGUCCAGAAACAAUACCCAUGCAACAAAUCAAUUCCUCUAAUUAA